CACGUUCUAUAAGGUUAUGGUGCGAGAAGAUCCACAGAACUUGAACUGCGAGCAUUGUAGGUGGUCCGGUCCAGUGAGAUGCUACAUGGUCUGCAGUCUGCAGAGUACUUUUUCUGCUGAGGAUUAUUUUCACCCUGUAGGAAAUAAUUUCCUAAGCUUCAAGCUGCCAGACAAUUAAAGGCGGUGGUAGCCGGAGGUGCUCAGAGGAGGGUCUGCCCGGCCCGGCGCCAUGAGGGGAGCCUGGCCGCGCGCGCCUGCCGCCCAGGCGGCGCCGGCAGAUACGGCCGGACUGCCGCCGACCGCCGUCACAGCGGUGCGUCCGGACAUGGAGGCAGGCGCCGAGGAGCCGGAACCCAGUGAGCUGUUCGGCGACCUCGGUACCCUGGUGGUCGAGGGACGCACCCCCGGCGGCCAGCGCGGCUUCCACGAGGGCCCGCACUGCGUGCUCGUCUACCCGUACCGACAGAAUAAGCACGUCUGCGAUGCCAACAGCGUCGUGUGUCAGCGGGAGAGCGAGCUGCGGCGCUACAUGUACCUCCUCUGGCGGAACAACAUCCCCAUGUCCGUGGAGGUGCUGCUGUGCCCGCCGUGCUGCCACGGACGGAGCCGAGCCGCCGCUGUGGACGCCACCCCGGAGCCGGGCUAUCUGCUGCUCGAGCAGUGGACGGUGCACAUGGAGACGGCCACGUAA